AGGUGUGAUUAAAUAAACAGUCCAUUGUUCAUUAUGUGGAAAAGAGGAGGAAGGAGGAGCGCGCGGCUUCAGUGGGCAGGUGCACAAAGCCCGUGUGUGUGUGUGUGUGUGAGUGUGUGUGUGUGUGUGUGAGUGUGUGUGUGUGUGUGUGUGCAGGUUGUAGCUCAGGUAGUGUAACCCGAGCUGAGCAUGUGAUCAUCAGUGUGAGUUCAGUAGGAAGACGGAUAGGAGACGCAGGAACAGACGCGCUCAGUAUUUCGGAUAUGAGCAGUAAUACCUGAUGGACUUCACCACUGUCCGGUCUCAGUGAAUAACGAAACCUGAAGCGAUCGUCUGGUUCGGGUCUGAUAUAUGAAACACAAGGAGUCUGUUUUUUGGAUUCAGUGGAAGUGAAGCGGAAGAGACCUGAGCUCAGAACCAUCUGGAUGAAGCUGCGCGUCUGAACAUACCGACCAGGCCGAGUGAGAUCCGCAAAACAACCUGCACUCACAGGUGUGCUAUGUGUUCUUUUUUGCAGUUACAAGAGAUUACAACUAGAGCCAUGAUGCCGUAGACCCUGUCAUGGUUUGCUGCUAAGCGCUUCCCUGAGCGCCCUAUGGCUCGGGUUUGUAAAAUAUAAGGAUAAUAGAAUCUGGAUCCAGUUGAGAACGCCAUGCUGAAGGAGCGACUUGCGGCAGGCAGCGCCCUGCUCCUAGUUCUUGGGAGGGUUUCGGCUCAGGAUGCCUUACUGAACAACACCAUUGUGCCAGCUAAUACCACUGCAGAACCACCACUAUCUACAGGACCCAACGUGGUAGCAAUCGUUGUACCAAUAGUGGUGGUUCUACUGCUAAUACUGACAGGAGCGCUGAUCUUCCUCUUCUGUAUAGUAAAGAAGAAGAGGCAGACGGAGGGCACCUACAUGCCGAGUGCUGAGGAGCAGACGGGGGCGCCCAGUGUCGAGGCACCCAAUGCCCUCAAACUUCCCAAGGAGGAGAGACUCAUCUGAUAUGCUGCCACCACCAAGAUGCCUUCAAUGCUCACAAAAACUGCUUUACGCUGUCGGUAUACAAUAAUAAUAAUCGAACCUGAGGCACCAGGAUUCACAUUUGAACAGAAACGAGUCUGAUUUCUUUGUAAUGAAUCAGAAGCACAUGAGCGUGCUUGAAAAGUGACAGUUAAUCUCUAUCGGUAAACAACACCAAAGUACAAGGCUCCAUUGUGGAACAUUUUGCACAAUACGUACUGACAUAAGGAUUUUAUUUGUAAACAAGGCACUACAGACGACGGAGCUGCAGCGAUGCAUGCUAAGAUGCACACUUCUGCAAAAAUGACAGAAUAAAAUGUUAUGUUUUAGCUGUUUGUACAGUUUAUGGAGUUUUAGUUGGAAUUGCUUAUUUUUGUAGUGUUCAAAUAUUUUUUUAAAUAUUUUAUUAAUAUUUAGGUAUUCAUAUCUAAUAUGGUAAUGUAGUUUUACUGAAACCUGAACCAUUACUAUCGUAUCUACAUUAUUUUCCAUGAAUGAUUUUUACCUCAAUUCUAUUGCCUAAGGAACAAGUACAAACUAUAUUUCAAAGAAAAAAAUCACAGCUACACUUGCCUUAUUAAAGAUAUAGUAAUGACACUUGAAUUAUGUUAAGCACAUAUAAUUUUAGACAAUCAAUAUGAAUAGCAUUAAUAUCGGUCACUCACUGUCUUAACCGCUUAUCCAAUCAGGGUUGCGGUGGGGUGCUGGAGCCUAUCCCAGCUUUUCAAUGGGUGCAAGGCACACAGUAACACCCUGGACGAGUUGCCAGUCCAUCGCAGGGCAGACACACACACACACACACACACCCAUUCACCUAUAGGGCAAUUCAGUGUCUCCAGUUUUGGACUGUGGGAGGAAAACCGUAGCUCCCAGAGGAAACCCACACAGACACGGAGAGAACAUGCAAAUUCUGCAAGGACCUUCUUGCUGUGAGGCGACAGUGCUACCCACCGAGCCACUGUGUCACCCAGCAUUAAUAUCAGUUUGUGUAAAUUAUAGUUCAAGCCACCAUUUUUAAUUAUAUCCAAAUCAUAUCCGUUUCACAAAUCCAGUUUUGUAGAGCUGGAUAAAUGAUUAAAUGAUUAAAUGUGUAAUUGUGUAAUUGACUGCUUGUUCAAACACACAUUUGAUAAAAAGGAAAAACAAAUAUACGUAGGUUGAUUCAUCUGUUUAACAUAGACAUUUCAUAUUGAUAAAGUAUUGUGUAUGAUUUGUAAAAUGUCAAUGAAAACACAUUAAAUUAUAGUUUAAUACACUUCAUUUCACUUUAUUUUAUUUCAAAUCAGUAUUUCAAAUCAAUUUAUCUUAGACCAAAUGUGCCUAGUUAUUCUAAAGGUUUGUCCACAUGAUUUCUGGCACCAGUUACCUCUGACCAGGAUGAAGAGGUUGCUAAAGACUAAAGAUUGAUGUAAUAAUAUUUAGUUGGCUACUAAAAGUGAAGGUGCCACUUGAACUGGGCAUAAAUGUUUGAUGUUAAUGUGUAAUCUUAAUAAACUGUGAUAAUGUGCAUGGUUUUGCACAUGAAAUGCACACUGAAAAUGCA